AUGGAUGGAUUCUCCGCAUUUCACCUCUCCUGCUCCAUGCUCAUCAGUCCACCUCAGGUGAGCUUCUCUUCGAAACUAUGCGACAGCGUAGCGGCUGGCGUCAAGCUCCGAGAUUCAGAAAAGUGUAAAUAUUGCUCGGAACGAAGCCGGACCUGCAUCAGGGCCAAUGCCUUUCGCUUCCGACCCGUGACUUCGGUCAAGUUCAACGCGGGCGAAGAGGUCGGGUCUGCCGAACAAUCUCUCGAGUUCCAAAGGAGCCAGACUUGGGUCGACAUUCCCAGCGCCUUACGAUUUAUAUCUCCAAAUACGGAAGGGGAUGACGAGGAUCUAGAGUUGGAGCCAAAUGUAUCGAAAGUAGCAGAUGAAGACCCAACUGCCUCUGAGCCUGUGGGUCAAUCAAGUAUAGACUGGGAUCCAUCUGUUGAGGACCUUCGACUUGACAGCACGGAUGCUUCGACUUACACAUUCGCGCAUCGAUCAUCAACCUCAGUCGAUCUCCAUGCCCUCCACAGGACAGACUCCCACAAUUCUGGAAUGUCGCAUGACCCCCCUGCUUUGAUCAAUUCUCCUUCCGACAUUGCUUCCAUUUCCACCCCGAUCAACAAGGUCUUAGAAAGUACUCUUCAUGGUCUGACUUCACUAAACCCAACCAAACUCGAUGAGACCAGCCCACUACCAACCUUCUCAAAUCCACACUCCAUAACAGAGCAUAGCCAGAGUUCCAUCAUCCAGUCACCACCCACACACGACACUACCAUCUCGCCAUUCUCCAGUACCGCAUUUUCCCCACAUACAUCUCUUAAUCUACGCUGGCCCGUAAAGAGCACCCACGAAGCUCGUCUUUUCCAUCAUUUCCUCGUGCACUGUACCCCUUGGAUAGACGUUUGUGAUGCAAAGUAUCACUUUGGUAAGGAGGUACCUAAACGUGCAGCUCAGUUUCCGGUCAUUCUUAAUGGUAUUCUUGGUCUUGCUUCGCGCCAUCUCUGGCUCCUAGAGAAGGUCCCUACCGACUUAUCUCAACCUUACAUCGACAAUUGCCUCCAGGCGCUCAUUGUAGCUCUAGAAGAUCCUCUUGCCCAUUGGGAUGAAAACUUCCUCGUGGCUGUAAUCCUGCUACGGCUUCAUGAAGAAAUGGGCGAGUCUGAUGAGCUGUGCCAUCAUUUUGGAACUGCACGGAUUCUCAACAGUAUUUCGUCAUUCGCUGCAGACGGCGGCUUACGCGAAUCGGCCUCUUGGGUUUCUCUUCGCCAACACAUCUACGUGUCGCUCACGAGCCAGCAACCUUUGAACUUAUCCCUGGAUAAUUAUCGCCACUCAGCCGUCUUCCGCGACUUUGAUGACGAGUCUUGGACAAAUCGCAUUAUUUUCCAAUUCGCCGUUGUCCUACAACAUGUAUUCGAGGAGAGUCAAGGUCAAUUGAUCACCAGGGACAAGUGGAUGGAAUUGAAUGCCGAUGUUGACGAGUGGGAGAGAACAAAACCUUGGACAUUUUCAGCUUUGUUCAUGGAGCCCGACGCCGGGAAAGAAUUCAGUGGACGCUGGCCUGCGCUCCCUACUCCCCAAGGCGUAGUUGCAAUUGGUUUACAGUAUUACCACCUUUGCAAGAUAAUCCUCGCUAUCUACUCUCCACACGCGUCGCUCGUAGGUCUAGCGGGUGUGCGCUCCAGGCGACAGACGGACGCUGCCAUUCGCAAGCAUAUACGAAUUGUUAUCGGCUAUGGUGUCAGCAAUUCUCAUUGUGGCAAUGCAAUGUUUCAGGGAAGUCACAUUCUGAGCGCAUGCGGUGCCUAUGUGGUGGACAAGGAUGAACAAGCGGCUUGUAUUAAAUACCUUCAAGGCCUACAGCACCACAUAGGUUGGAGAACCGAUAAGGUCGUUCUCGAUCUACAGGAACAAUGGUCCAAUUGA